AUGAUUUUACAGAUUAUAGAUCAGGAAUCAGAAAAAAAGCAAAAAAUGCUUGCAGAUGAUCCGUAUGAUAACGAUUUAAAGAAUCAAAUGUUUGUAGAAGAAUCCAAGUUCACAGAUUACGUACCAUUUAAAAAAAAAAUCAGAUAUAAAAAUCGGCCAAAAUUCACAUUACAUUGGAAACGUCUUCUUUCACUUGAAAUUAUAAAAAAUACGAUGUAUGCUUUAUCUCAACAUGUAAGUUUCGUAAAAGGACAAACAGUGGGAGCUGUUAGUAACUCAAAACAAGACGUACAAACCCUUAUUGAAAUACCGAUAACAGCGACAAUAGAGGAAGUUUUUGAUGUAUUAUUAGCGGAAAAUAUUUUAAGCAUACCUCCCAUAUUUGACAAUGUGAAUGGAAAUAAUAAUGAUGAAAGAAAUGAUUAUAGGGAGAUAAAUUUGGAUGGAAAAUCCUCCUUUUUACAAAAACCAAUUGGGGAACUUAUCGGUUUAACACCUGAGAGUACCCAUCUUACUAUAUGUCAUCACGAAGAUUCCCUUGCCGAUCUUUUGGAUUUAUUCACUCGUCGUCAAAUUCAUCGAGUAUUGGUCGCUGAUAAAACAUCAAUUGAAGAUACAGAUGUUGAACAAACUAUUAAUGAAGAUAUAUCUCAACCUUGUUUCAUAUCUCAAACCGAUGUUGUUCGAUUCUUGUUUCAGAAUAAUCAUCGUUUAGGUAAAAUUUUGGAUACUAUGGCUGCUGAUGUUGUCGGUAAAGCUAUUAGAGUAAAUGAAAGUUUACCCUUUGAAAGACGGAAUUUAUUGAGACAACCAUCGUCGGUUACCAUUCACGAUCAAGCUUUGACAGCUUUUCGAAAGAUACACCAAGAUGAAGUUAGUGCUGUAGCCGUUGUUAAUGAUGAUGGAACUCUUGUUAGUGAAGUUUCUGCUGCGGAUCUUAGAGGAUUGAAUAGAGAACGACUUUCUGAUCUAAAGAAGCCAGUAAUUAUGUUUUUGGUGUCUUGUAAAGGUGCUUUAAUUAAACCAUUUACCUGUCACGGUAAAUUCACUUUAAGUCAAGUUAUGGCCGGCAUCCUUACUAGUAAAACUCAUCGUGCUUGGGUUGUUGAUGAAGAUGAUGUACCUAUUGGUGUUAUUACUCUAUCUGAUAUUCUUGCUAUGUUUCUUCCCGAAUCCGCGUGA